GAAACCUAGCGUGGGUGAUGGCUGGGUGGGUCGAGUACCGCUACGUGAGGGUCCCCGCUACACCGCCGUCAGUCGUGACCGAUACGCGCAGGAGAGUCGGCAGUGUGUCUCCGUCUCCGUCUCCGUCUGCAGUGGUUGUAGGAAGAAACGAACCGACGUCACGGACUCACGUGCUGUUGCUAUCAAGAGACAUGGUUCUUCCCCAAGGCCACAGGAAGCAUACGAUCACGGUCAAUGUAUGAAGCACCUAUUGUGCCGUCAGCAGUCACCUGAGAGACACAGAAGUAGAAACACCGAGUCCUUAAGCGAACAAAGAAAUAUCCUCUAAAAUCUUGUGGUUACUCUCUCUAAAUAACACUUCCGGGCUGUUAAUGUUACUGACCGCUGACAAGUUGAUGCCUACGCUAUUUACGCCUACCUUUCCCAAGACGAAUGCGGGAGCUUUUUAGAUUAUAGUGAUUAACUGCCGGAUCUGAUAUGGAGCCUGCUAUCAAAAUUUGGCCUGUUCUCUUUCUCCUAAUUGGCGAUGUGGCAGCCAUGAUGAUCUAUCAGGGUGACGGUUGCCUGGAGAAGUGUCCCGUCACACACCACUACAGCCCCGUGUGUGGUACGGAUUACGUCACAUACAUCAACCCCAGUACGCUCCUCUGCCACAAGAAGUGCACUGACUCCAGUCUGGGCGUGGCGCACUUCACCAGCUGCGUCGACUGGUUAACCGGCAACUACCGCUUAUGAGCACCUGUCUGCAGGGUCAACGCUACCUCCUCACCCGCAAAGCAGCCUAGAAAGAAAACGGCCUUUCAACAAGGAGCUACACCCCUCUGCAAUUUUCAGCUCAGGAAGAAGUUGCAUGGCGGCUCUGUUGCUUCCUGGGCUUCACUGACGCCGUUCGUUGCAAGGUCGAUCGGUUCCUCCUGUUGUCGCAGGAUUUAGUACAAAGUGCCGUCGCGGAAUGAGGCGAUUUAGACCUUAUGUGUCAAACUCGGUCCGUCACAAGGAUUUUACUUCAGUUGAGUUAUGGCACUAAGGAUCAAGUCAGCCUCAUUUUAGCGAAAUCGGCAUAGGCAAAUAAUACACGCAAGCACGCACGCGCACACACACACGCACAUACACGUGUUUAUACACACACACACACACACAUGUAUAUAACAUCAAACGUGGUUUGUAUUGUAAAGGUUAAAUUAUAACAUAGUCCCCUCCUACAUUUUUUUCCAUGUAGGAGAAACCUACAAAAGGAACGUAGGAACUGUUUAUCAUAACAACUGUGUUCCUUCUACAUUGCUUGUGUUUUUUGGGCAAAGAGUUUUUGGGAUGAUAUUUCCUGUUUUUAAGUCCGCACAGGUCAUUCUUUCCUCUUUUACACCAGUUUGGCAUCUUUGCUUUAUUCAUAUAAAAUGAAAUUCAACAUUUAUUUUCCCAAAAGGUGUGACUAUUUGACAACUAAAAUUGGUGUUGAAAUUUAGGCUGUUUUAAUUCGUAAUGGUGAAACGGGGGAAAGAAGUAAUACUUUACCGAUAACAGCAUCCCAUGAGAUAAAGUAUAUACGAAAAAAUAUCUUGUCUCCUUUAUCCCUUUUCAGAUAAUUUGACCUGUGAUAGAUACAGAUAUAAAACUAUCUGGCCGCUGAUAAUUUACCUUUAUGUCACUGAUUUUUUUUCUCUCCAAAUUCCGUAUUCCGGAGAACACCACCAGUUAAUAGAUCGCUGAACUUUAAGAUUCUCGGUACUAGAGUUAGAAUUCGGGGAAUGACUUUUUUUUUUUUUUGCCGUGAAAGGCUCCCGCCGCAGAAAAGCAAACUGAAAGAUAACACUGUGUGAAUUUCUUUAAUGGUGAACAAAGAAACUAAGAGAUGGAUCGCGGAAUGGUGUUGCUCAACUUAAAAAACAGUGUUAUAUAAUUCCGUGGUCUGUUUUUUUAGAAUGCGGUAGGGAAUCUUUUACUGAUGAGCAUUUCAGUUCAAAAUCUGUUUCACCAAAUGUACUUCAAGGAUGGCACAAAGAUAUCCUUAAAAUGUCCUCAGGUAAAAGGACAUCAACAGUGUCUAAACAGUGUAUCAUGCAAGCAGUUCACAUUUACGUUUCUUUCGUUCUUAGGAACCAUAACUGAAAAACGAGAGUAGUAAGAACUGUUAUAAAACUGAUGUGUAUAGUUGUAAAAAGUAAGCCUGUACAUCCUUUCUCUGCUCGUUUCGUUUUUUAUGAGACAUUUAAUGUGAGCUUGGUCUUUAAACACACACACACACACACACACACAAACACACA